AUGGAAAACCAAUCCAGUAUCUCUGAAUUUUUCCUCCGAGGAAUAUCUGAGUCACCAGAGCAAGAGCAGUUACUGUUUGGAAUUUUCCUGUGUAUGUAUCUUGUCACCCUGGCUGGGAAUGCGCUCAUCAUCCUGGCCAUCAGCUCAGACCCACACCUCCACACUCCCAUGUACUUCUUUCUGGCCAACCUGUCUUUUGUUGACAUAGGUUUAACAUCUUCCACAGUUGUCAAGAUGCUGGCAAAUGUUCAGAGUCAGCAUCACACCAUCUCCUAUGCAGGUUGCCUCACCCAAAUGUAUUUCUUUCUGAUGUUUGGUGAUCUGGACAGCUUCUUCCUGGCUGUAAUGGCAUAUGACCGUUAUGUAGCCAUUUGCCGCCCUCUCCAGUACUCCACAGUCAUGAGCCCCCGACUCUGUGGCCUGCUGCUUGCAUUAUGUUGGGUCCUCACCCACACUGUUGCCCUGACCCAUACCCUCCUCAUGGCUCAGCUCUCCUUCUGUGUUGCUGGGGAAGUAGCUCACUUUUUCUGUGACAUAACUCCUGUCCUGAAGUUGUCAUGUUCUGAUACUCACAUCAACGAGUUGAUGGUUUUUGCCUUAGGAGGCACAGUACUCAUCAUCCCCUUUAUCUGCAUUGUCAUCUCCUACAUCCACAUUGUAUCAGCCAUCCUGAGGCUUCGAACUUCUGGCGUGGGGAGCAAGGCCUUUUCCACCUGUAGUUCCCAUCUCUGUGUUGUCUGUGUGUUCUAUGGGACGCUGUUCAGUGCUUACCUGUGCCCUGCCUCUGUUGCCUCUGAGGAGAAGGACAUUGCAGCAGCUGCAGUGUACACUGUGGUGACCCCCAUGUUGAACCCUUUUAUCUAUAGCCUAAGGAACAAGGACAUGAAAGGGGCCCUUAAGAAGCUCCUCAGUCGCAAGAGAAUUUAUUCUUCUUACAUAUAG